CGUUGGAGUGUUGGUCAAUUGUCUCUCUACUCUGUAGGUAAAAAUCUCGGCUGAAACGAGGGGAGUAAGACGACGAGUGGGCUUCGCGCGCCAUGAGCGGGAGCAACGUAAGCAAGGUCUUCUACGCCGAGAAUUACCAUCCAAUUCAAGCCGGCAGCAUCGACGGCACCGAUAUUCUUCCCCACGACAAUGCUGUCUACCGAGCAUUGCUAUGUUCCUCUGCUGGCCUCUAUGAUCCCCUUCGCGAUCCCAAGGUCUUCGGUGACCCUUAUUGCACCCUCUUCGUUGGUCGCCUUUCUCAUCUGACUACCGAAGAUAGUCUUCGUAGGGCUAUGAGCAAGUAUGGUCGGGUUAAGAACCUACGCUUAGUCAGACACAUCGUAACUGGUUCUUCACGUGGUUAUGCUUUUGUUGAAUACGAAACUGAAAAAGAGAUGCGACAUGCAUAUAAGGAUGCUCAUCAUUCAAUGAUAGAUGAUUGCGAAAUUAUAGUUGACUACAAUCGACAGCAGCUAAUGCCCGGAUGGAUUCCACGGAGAUUAGGAGGGGGACUUGGGGGUAAGAAGGAAUCUGGACAACUUCGAUUUGGAGGAAGAGAAAGACCUUUUCGAGCUCCCUUACGUCCGAUACCUCAUGACGAUUUGAAAAGGCUUGGCAUUACUCCUCCACCGGAAGGAAGAUAUAUGUCCAGGUUUCAGGUACCUUCUCCUCCGAGAAGAGAAACAGAUUCGGUAUGUAGGGAAGAAGGCUCCAGUGUGAAAGAUUCCGUGGAGAAGGAUGGACAUAGUCGAAGUAGUUCUACAGAUGGAGAUGAUUGGUCUCAUACGAGGAGCCCUAAUGACUACAGAGGGGGGCACUCUCAUAAGGGGAACUAUGAGAAGAUGAAACAUGAAUCUAGAAGGGGUUCAAACGACAAGGAAGAUUAUUAUCAGAGGAGCUCUUCUGAGAAGGAAGAUCGUUAUCAGAGGCGCUCAUCGGACAAGGACCGAUCUCGCAGAAGGGAUUCUAAUGAUAGAGAUGAUCACUCACGGAAACGUCACAAAUCUCGCAGAUAGACUCUCCAUUAUCCCUAAAUUUUCCCAGUUUCUAUUUAAGCUAUUCAACUAAUGCUCAUCUGGGGCAUGCAGGCAUUUGAGGAUGAACUUGAUUGCUUAAUACACGAGUUCAGGUGACGUAUUUGUACCGAGUAAUCUGCUGCUGACAAAUGUCGUCCAUCCAUUAACCGAAGGGAUCGUGAUGAAAUGAUCACAUUGCUUCCAGUUAUUCUGGGUAUCUACCAAAGGCCAAAAAGUUCCUAAAGGAGGUGAGGAUAUGGUAUUUGGUUAAUUUAGAAAUAUGCAAGUAUAUAGGUGCUGUGAGUGUUAUGAUGGGAGGAAUUUCAAGAACAAGUUUGGCAACAAGCAAUAUGUUGGCAUUUCAGUGAUACUCCUUAGUGUUGUGAUACUCUAUCUCUUGCGUUAUGACGCCGAUUUAAAAUCUAGAUAUAACGAUCCUUCUUUAAGAUUUA